CCGUGACCCAGCUAUACCGGUGCGAUACUAGUUUAUUCCCUGCAGUAGCGAGCAAGAGAGGAUGGACGUCGAUAAUGAGAUGGAAAACGAAGCUGAUCAGUUAUCUGAUGCUGAAAAUUUGUCUGAAGAGGACCAAAGUCUGGCAGAUGGGAAUGAAAUUGUGAAAGCAGCAGAAGUGAUGGAAAAGAGAGGUAGAGGGAGACCAAGAAAACAGCCAGUCAGUCCUAGUCCAGGCGAGGUAAAGGAGAAGAGAGGCAGGGGGAGACCCAGGAAAACUGAGGAGAUGGGAAUUAUGGAUGGUGAGGCACCUGUCAAAAAAGCACGUCUUGAUGACCAGUAUAAGGGAGGUCCUGUGAAGAAGGGACGUGGUCGUCCAAGGAUGAAGAAGCAAGGCCCAGGCAGGCCCAGGAAAGUUGACAAGACAGCCUCAUUUGUGAGCAAUAAACAUGAGAAGAAUGGCACAUCCGAGUCUACAAUGCAGCAUAAAUCAGAAAAAAGGUCUGAACCAGAGAGAUUGCGGAGAAGCAGACCCCGUCUUUCAUAUAUGGAAGUGAACAGUGAUGAGGAGGACAUGGAGUCUGGGUUUGAGUCUGACCAGGAAGAUUCCCCAGACAGCCAGGGGAGUUCAGGGGCCGGAGGUAGUUCUGGCACAUCAAAGGGCAGAGGUAGACCAAAGGGCAGUAAGGGUAAAAGAGAAAGGAAGAAACUAAAGGAAGAGGAUGUCGAGUCGCGUUUUCACCAGAUUGAGGCGCAGCUGUUUGGUCCCAAAUCAGAAAAAACAAAGAAGGUGAAGGUCGCUGGCCGUGGGCGGGGACGACCUCCAAGCACCACAAAGAAACCUGUAACAGAGCGGGUACCAGGUCGUGGUCGAGGUCGACCACCAAACCCAAACAAGGUCGAGAAGGUUCCAGUAGUCUCAGGGCGCGGAAGGGGAAGGCCCAAGAAGAAUACACACAACGCCCCUGUGGAUAAAACAGAUGACAGCAGUGUUGACUCCAACAGCCCAUCGUCACCUGACAUGGAAAACAGCAUUGACAGUGACGAAACCCCGGUGAUAAACAAAGGGCGUGGCAGGGGAAGGCCCAAGAAGAAUACACACAACGCCCCUGUGGAUAAAAGAGACGACAGCAGUGUUGACUCCAUCAGCCCAUCGUCACCUGACAUGGAAAACAGCAUUGACAGUGACGAAACCCCGGUGACAAACAAAGGGCGUGGCAGGGGAAGGCCCAAGAAGAAUACACAGAACGCCCCUGUGGAUAAAAGAGAUGACAGCAGUGUUGACUCCAACAGCCCAUCGUCUCCUGACAUGGAAAACAGCAUUGACAGUGACGAAACCCCGGUGACAAACAAAGGGCGGGAAAGGCCCAAGAAGAAUACACACAAUGCCCCUGUGGGAAUAACAGACGACAGCAGUGUUGACUCCAUCAGCCCAUCAUCACCGGACAUGGAAAACAGCAUUGACAGUGACGAAACCCCGGUGACAAACACAUCUGAUACUGGUAAUGACAUUGACACUGGGAACAAACUGUGUUCUAGCAAGAGCCGUCAGCAAGAAUCUCAGCCUAUAAUGAACGGGACUGCUGGAGGGGAUACCAGAAGUGAAAAGCCGGCAUUUGGCUCUCAAACAGUGAGUGAGACUGGUGAUGUCCCUUGUUUAAGUGAUUCUAGGCCAGCUAUGACAGGGAAGUGUAACACAAGUAUUGGACCAAUUGACACUGCCUUGUCUAUCCCCAGUGCAACUGACAAUGUGGGGGAAGCAGGUGAUAAGGCUGAUGUUGUGUGUCAGCCACUGUUUGCAAGUUGUGACAUAGACAGUGGACACAGUGUUACCCCUGUUAUUGUAUAAAAGAAAAAAAAUCAUUGGACCCUCAUAUUUUUAUUCCUCAUCUACAUGGUUGUAUUGUUUUGCCUCAUGAGAGUUUUAGAUAUAUACAAGAGUCACUGAGCCCCCAGGCUUAUGAUAACCCACCAACAAACAGAUAGAGGAAAAACUUCUUCGUUAAUCAAUACAAUAAAAUUAUUCUGUGUUUGAAUCAUGUUGUCAAAAUAAUAAAAAAAAGAACAUAUAUAUGCUAAGCCAAAAAAAAUGUCCUAAAUUUUAGUUAUUUUCUACAUGAGAACCUGUCUCAGAUCUGUGUUCAGUUUUCAUUCCAGAACAUUUGUACGUAGAAAGUCUUCAUUUUUCUUAUUACACAUGUAGAUUUAAUAUAUAAUGUGAAUGUGAAUGGAACUAUUGGUGCCCACUGGCAUUGUGCACUAACGGUUUGGACACAGUGGUUACGUGCGACACUGUGGUUACGCCAGUAUGUAAAAUAAUCACGGGUUCAAACCACCCGUCUCUUUAAAUUGUAUAAAUAUAUGCUUGGACAGACAAGAAACGAAAAUUAAGUUGGAAAUAUAUACCUGCCUGUUCGUGAAUUCUUAUGUUAGUGCAAUACAAGAACACUUUGGCAUGUUUUCAUCACCAUUUUUACGUAGCUAUUGUAUUUUAUUGUUCUGUUGCAUUUUCUGUUAGUUGUUUUGUGUAAUACAUGUAUGUUGUAAUUCCUAAUUUUGUUCAUUAAACUGCUGAAAAUAUCAA